GGGGUGAAGGAGGAGCUGGGCUCUUGGACUGCACUGGGGGGAGCCGGGAGUAGAGAUGGUGUCGGCAGGAAGCCCUUGGCCCUGGGUUUUCCGGGAGGACAGUCAUUAAACAUGGAUUCGGCCACACAGCUGGUAGAAUGCUGGGGGCAGGGGCCGGUCCGGGAAGCUGUAACCCCAGCCUUCUCAGUCCAGACCCAGAUCCCUGGCCUUCCCAGCCUAGCUCUGCUCUCCCCCUCCCCUUCCCAGGGCUCCACGCUGGCCAGGAGGAUGAAAGGCCCCAGCUGGGGGCUCCUUGCCACCAGCGCUGGGUCCUAAGAGCUGCCAUCCAGGCUGGCCGCCCGGAUGGCGACCCCGGCCUCAGCCCCAGACACACGGGCUCUAGUGGCAGACUUUGUAGGCUAUAAGCUGAGGCAGAAGGGUUAUGUUUGUGGAGCUGGCCCUGGGGAGGGCCCAGCAGCUGACCCACUGCACCAAGCCAUGCGGGCAGCUGGAGAUGAGUUUGAGACCCGCUUCCGGCGUACCUUCUCUGAUUUGGCAGCCCAGCUGCAUGUGACCCCAGGCUCGGCCCAGCAGCGCUUCACCCAGGUCUCUGACGAACUCUUCCAAGGGGGCCCCAACUGGGGCCGCCUUGUGGCCUUCUUUGUCUUUGGAGCCGCACUGUGUGCUGAGAGUGUCAACAAAGAGAUGGAGCCACUUGUGGGCCAAGUGCAAGAGUGGAUGGUGGCCUACCUGGAGACGCGGCUGGCCGACUGGAUCCACAGCAGUGGGGGCUGGGCGGAGUUCACAGCUCUAUACGGGGACGGGGCCCUGGAGGAGGCGCGGCGUCUGCGGGAGGGGAACUGGGCCUCAGUGAGGACAGUGCUGACAGGGGCCGUGGCACUGGGGGCCCUGGUAACUGUAGGGGCCUUUUUUGCUAGCAAGUGAGAAAGUCUAGGGUCAGGUGGGGCUAGGUGUGGCUGGGGGGACACGAGAGCAGGAACAGAACAAGAGAAAUGCCCUUGGAAGAAGUGGGAUGAAUGGACCGGAAUGGAAUGGGGAUGGGAGGGGGCAGGGUACUGUGUGAAGGAGCUGUGUGUGCCAGGCAGGCAGCUGGAAGGAGGAGCUGGAGAUAUUAGGGAAUGUAUUGGGGAAGUAUUUGGGGGCCAGGAGAUAAAGUCAUUCCAGGGUUGGCAAAGGUGGGAGGGAUCAUGUCUGGGGUAUAGGCACACAAAGCUACACCUUGCACUUCAUAUAUAGCCCUGAGGAAGGUCAACUUGCACAAGGGGUUGUUUCUCCUUUGGUUAAGUGGGAUUUGGGGAAAACACAGAAGGCACAUCCCUUUGAAAUGGAAGCUUGAGUUUGUCAGGUGAUAGGGAGAGGUGGCUGUGAUGGCGGGCUGCUUGGACACGCUUGUGCAUGUGCACGCAUGCUCGUGUGCAUGCUGGGCUGCUUGUCUAACCUGUUGGUGGCCGCAUUCAAGGAGAAAACUUCUCUUUUGGGGAGUGGCAAGAACAAGGGGCCAUUCUCUGCCCCUUCUCCCAACCCUCUCCUCCCUGCCUCUCCUUGUCCUGAGGCCUCAAGGCUGUGGGAGAAACACUGUAUCCAGAAGAGGGCUUUGGGCACUUUCUGGCAGAAAGUCAUUAGCAGGCCUCUGGAGAGAAGAGAAGUUCUGUAGCUGGCCUGUUGCUUCACCAUCCCCAUUCCUUGCGCAUCAUGUACUUGCUGCUGCUUCCUGGGCUCUGAACAGAAGACAGGGCUGCAGAGCCUGCAAUGGCCUGGGGGGUGGGGGGUGGGGCAGCAACAGGGGAGGAGGCCUGGACCUAUCUGCCACCCUCUGCUGCCACCAGGGCACACUGGUGCCCAAAGUGUUCUGUGUCUCGGGACCUUCUGUACCCAAACCUUAGACUUUAAAUUGGGACUCUGGUUUUCCUUUGGAGUGUGUGGAGGUAAAUACUGAUCUAGAGUGCAGUCUGGGUCCUGCACUGUGUCUCAGUGAGAUUGCUGAUGUCUUGAGAGGAACAUUCCAGCUCUGAACCCCAUAGGUGUGAGGGUGACCUGUACUCCGUGAUGGGCCUAUGCCAUGUAGUGGGCUUUGGUGCUGCUUUAUCCAGGGCCAGGUGUACGGGUUCUAGAGUACCUACCAUGACCUAGAAGCAUUUCUGUUUUCUUUGAAGCCACGCUGUUUGCAUGGGUAUUACUUGUCUGUACCUCAGAGUCUGAGGACAUUAACUUUAGAGCUCACGGUCCUCUAGAACAGAUUCAGAUGAUAGCUUUUUCCUUUGAGAGAGAAAUGAUUUCACUCCAGAUGCAUGUCCUGAGCCAGACCUCACUGCUGCACUUCCCAAGGUGCUAGAAUUGCUGCUCUCCAAUGCUAACUGCAGACACAGUGCUCUAGAAGCCUGCCCUUAAUCCCGAGCACUGAUCAGCUUAGCUAGACCGUGGUUGACUCUUCUUGGAGAUUUUCGCUUGGUCCCGGAAUGUGGCAACAUAGUUGUACUCACAAGAAUGUGGGACCAAAAUCGGCCUCAGGUGUUUAGCCCAGACUUUUGCUUUUGAGAGAGGGCUGCACUUUUUAAUGGUAUUUAUAGGGGAUGUGGUAGACUGCAUGCGCCACUUGGUCUGUUGUGAGUGUGCUGACACCAGAAACUCAGAGCUGGUCUGUGGCAGGCAGUUGGGGUGGGGGUGGGGUCUCUGGCUUGCUCAGGACAAACUAGACCAGUGGUUUUCAGACUGCUUGGCAGAGCCCUGAAGUUUCCUAGAGGUUGCCUCAGGAGUCCUUGGGGAGGUGAAGAGGGGGUGCUAAGCAGGCUGGGCUACAUGUCCUCAAACAGAAUAGCUCCCCUUGUAGCUGUCUUACAUAUCGGGGUUCAGGGUAAGAUUUUAUUUGCAUUAAGGGGUUUGCUGCUGAAAAAAAAGUUGGAAAACCACUGACUAGACCAUCAGCUCCAAAUUGGAGUCCGCGCUCCCCCAGGUUUUGGGGCAGACUCUUCACCCUCCCCUCUACCACAGGACACCUAUCCUUGUUAGCUCUGCUGGGGGCGUUAGCAAACCUGAGCAGCAGGGACCAUGGUCAGGUAACCACAAUGCCCUGCUCUGAGGCCUUCACACCUGGGUGGAAGGAGAGGUUGUUUUCUGAAAGGGGAAAGGGCUUGGAUUCCCAGAAGCGUAGCUUGCCUGGGACCAGAAUGGGCAGUUUUGAUCUGUCCUGUCCUUUUUAGCUUGAGGGGCAAUGGAAACCCCAGAGACUCUUCUGUCAGGGAAAACUAGAGACUCUCUUCUAGAGCCAUAUAGUUCCUUGGGAUUAGCUCUUGGCCAGGAAGGCUGAGUAUGGCUCCCAAUUUUUAAAUCUAUUUCAUUUUUUUAAAAAUAAGGGAAAUAAAUCUAACUGCCAUUUUUCAGAGAUUAAAUAGGUGGAGAGGGCGUUUCUUGCUUUCUGGAGCCCAAAGGGACAAAUAGGGACUUUGCUUAGGCCAAGGAAGGAGCAGAAGUAGGGCAACUAGGUCCUGCAAUUAUUAAUCCCACUCCCCACUUAUUCUAGGGUAUAUACUAUUUUACUUUUUUAAAUCAUAAAAUGGCGGGAGAACAGAUUUGGUUAGUUUAGAAGAAAAGAAAGAGCUCUAUAAAUAUAAAUAUAUAUUCCUGUAUUUUUAUUUAAUAAUUUAUAAAUACCAAGUUCAUUUGACUUUUAUUUUUGUGUAAUAUGUAAUGGUCGUAUUAAAAAAAAAUAAAUAAAGCCCAGAAGUUUAAUGAGAAGGAC